AAUCACAGCGACCGGGAGGCUGGAAAAUGGAGGCUAAAGGUCGGCCGGAAGUUCUUUAAGCUUCCGGUGGCCGGCUAGCGUUUGGACUAUGGCUAAACAUCAUCCGGAUUUGAUCUUUUGCCGCAAGCAGGCUGGUGUUGCCAUCGGAAGACUGUGUGAAAAAUGUGAUGGCAAAUGUGUGAUCUGUGACUCCUACGUGCGUCCCUGCACUCUGGUGCGCAUAUGCGAUGAGUGUAAUUAUGGCUCUUACCAGGGGCGCUGUGUGAUCUGUGGAGGCCCUGGAGUCUCUGAUGCCUAUUAUUGUAAGGAGUGCACCAUCCAGGAGAAGGAUAGAGAUGGUUGCCCAAAGAUUGUCAAUUUGGGGAGCUCUAAGACAGAUCUCUUCUAUGAACGCAAAAAAUACGGCUUCAAGAAGAGGUGAUUGGUGGGUGGCCUCUUCCUCCCACCCAGUGUGGCAGCUGCCAGAAAAGACACCUACCACCACCAGCACAGAGGGAGUAGGCACAGGGCACUGCCUGAGUGCCUGUUAGUACACGGGCCCCUCUCCACCUUGCCUCUCCUCUUACCCGGAAAAGAAAUCUUUCACAGAACACUCUGGCACACCGUAGCAGAGAAAAAUAGAUAGACUGGUUCAUGAUUUUUCUUGAAUUCAAGAAACAAGCAUGUUUUCCAAAUUGCUAUGUUCUCUCUACACCAAGAGCUUCUGAAACAGGAAUAAUAUCAUCUCAGUCUUCUGUUUGAGGAAUUGACUGUGAAACUACCGCAGUGAGAAACCUGUUUUUGGCAGCUGUCCUUGAUGAGACAUCUGCAGUGUGGUGGGGGGCUCUCCGAACAGUCAGCGUGGGCAUUGGAUCUUGUAACACUUAGCAGGUGGUGCCUGUUCAUGUUAUUUUUCUUCUAAGAACUUGGAAUCCCUUUCUGUUGCUGUUGUAUUAAUAAAGCAGGUGUUUCUUUUCUGGUA